AUGGGGGCGUGUGAGGGCAAGGUAGAAGAUCUGGGCAGCGAGCUUGUGGUGGAAGCCGUCAAAGCCGACAAUGGCCCCGAAAGCUUGGACAUGUUGUAUCCAGAGUUCAUGGCGCAAACUUCGCCAUUCCUCCCGAUUCAGGACUUUGCGGAGCUUCGGGUGACUUGCCGUCAGCCUUCCAAGACGCAGGCUAUGACUGAGAUCCGAAAGGCCCACCGGUUGGUGCAACCCAAGCUGAUCAGAGGGGCUAAGGCAGGGCAUUCUGCCGAACAGCUGGCCACGCAAGCCAGGCGACGGCCGAGGUUUAGGCCACGCCGCACCAUCACACGUGGUCUGUAUGAGUACACUGAUGACUACUGGUGGGACUGGGCUGGUUUCCUUGGACUCCGCGAGUGCUACACGGGGAAGUGA